GCACGAGAAGGCCUACGUGACACUCCAGUUCGAGCUCGAAAACGACCUGCGCGAGCUGCAGGCGCGCAGCGUCUUCCCCGUCGACCGCUACCUCGACAUCCUCGACCGGAUGAUGCGCUUCAUCCCGCGCCUCAACGAGAUCAAGGAGCCGCUCAUCCUCUUCCUGACCAUGGUGCAGGAGUUUAUUGGCCUCACCAAGACGCGGAUAUCCAUGUGGGGCAUGCCGCUCUCGGAGGACGAGGUGCGCACCAUCAUCCACUACGCCAACAGAUGGCUGCAGCGGCGCGGCGGCGCACUCGAUAUGGGGCCGCCAGAGGCAAAGCUCGUGCUCUACUCCCUCCGAGAGCUCGAGUUCUACAACGAGCAGGCGCUCGCUAUUCGCAUGGGCUCGUUCGCAUCCGCUUAGUGCCUUUGGAAGAUCACGUACACCCGCCCAGCGCGACACCGCGCAGCCGCCGCCUGCCUUGACGGCCACGACUUCGAUGACGACGUCAUGACUUAUGAACGUGGGCGGCUGGCUCGACGCUCCCCGCAUCACGAUGCCGAUAUCACGCCCUC